GCGGGACCGAGCGGCUAUGGCUUUAACCUAAGGCGAGCGAAGCAACGAGUUUAGUAAUCAAGGGUUUCUUCAACGUCGAAAGCGGAGCUUCUAGCAAUCCUUCGUCGAAUUUCUUUCCAGCUUUCUUCCAGACUGUUCGUUACAAUAUAUCCUUCGCGCUUACAAGCUGAUACAGUUUCGCAAUCCUUCUCGCUUUCAAGCCGAACUUGCAGCCGUAACCUGCUGCACAACAAAUCGAGCAUCCUUCGUUACAAUAAAGGCCGACUUCUGCUUGGCUGCAGUUCAGGCGACGGGGUUUAGCUUGUUCUUCUUCUUGCUCAAGGAAAAUUUCUAAGGAGUGAAAGUUUUGCACAAGUUCUUCUUCGUCGCUGUUCGACUUCGCUCCUUCGACGACGUCCUGCUGGAGCGGUAGUUACGACAUUUUUUUAUCUGAAUCAACAACGGGAGCUCGCUUGUUGUGAAGGCCUUACGGACCAAUGGUCCAUUCCCAUCCCGUUGCAAAUGGUUUAGCAUUGCCGCUGGUUCUAUUUCCUCCACUCAUAAACACGACGUGCGAGAAUUUGGUGUCACACCAUGUUCAUGUCAAGGCUUCUUCGCAGAGUAUUAUUGUCCUCUACCAAAUCCGAGUCCUCUUCUGCUUUGUUUUCUACUUCAGCUUCAGUUACCAAAGUUAGAAAUCCCCUUGAGGAGUUUUUUGAGGCAGAAAGAAAUACUGAGGAUGAAAAGCCCGUUACAUAUGGUCGUGGUUGGAAAGCUUCUGAAUUGCGCCUUAAAUCCUGGGAUGAUCUUCACAAGCUAUGGUAUGUUCUUUUGAAGGAAAAGAACAUGUUAAUGACUCAACGCCAGAUGCUCCAUGCUCAGAAUCUGCGUUUUCCCAACCCAGAACGCAUUCCGAAGGUGAGGAAGUCCAUGUGUCGAAUCAAGCAUGUAUUAACUGAGAGAGCAAUCGCCGAGCCCGAUCCCAGGAGGUCUGCUGACAUGAAGAGAAUGAUUAAUUCCUUAUGAUUCUUUCUUAAAUUCUCUAAUCAAACUUGUUUGGAUAAAGCUUCUUCUACUGCUGAUGAUGAAGAUGAUGAUUCACUCUGUUUAAUCUGUUCCAUGUUUCUCGAUCCUGUUCCAGAAAUGAUAUGCUCUGCCAACAGAAUCUCAUGUAUUAUUAUGGUUUUGUUUGAGACGGCUUUCUACUGCUUCUCAAAACAGUUUUUUAAUACAAAAAAUGUAAUUUUUAUGCUAAAAAAUUGCUUUAAGAAGCAGUAAAAAAGCCAUUCCAAACGAAGCCUGCAUCUUAACCUUAUAUAAGUUAAAAUCUUGAAAACAAGGAAACAGUAACCAUGCUUCUCCUUAGUUUAGUGAAUUGCAGUGCAAGCUUGCAUAAAUAAUUAGUGUUGAUGGACACAUUUAAUACAAUGAUUACAUAUCAGUCACUAAGUCAA